AUGAAGGGGAGGAAAUUAACAGGUAACACAGAGGGAGCUAAUAACCAAGGAAGUGGUGAAGCUAAAGGCGAAACACACCCGGUCUCCCCCUUUGUCCGGCUCUACGUGUACGCCCUGCACGGCUGCCUCUGCGAGGUGGCCUUCACCGCCGUUUACGACUGGGUCGGCACGCGGGACGGUAGGCUGGCGGGCCACAGCAGCCUCUGGGCGCUGCCCAUGUACGCCGGCGCCAUCUACCUCAUCGAGGGCCUGAGCGCCCGCCUGGUGGCCCGGCGCCGCCCGCUGCCCGUGCGGCUGGCGGCCUACACCGCCUUCAUCUACCUGUGGGAGUUCGGGUGGGGCGCCGGGCUGAGGCUCCUCGGGGCCUGUCCCUGGGAUUACUCGGGUCACGGCUAUAACUUGGCCGGGCUGGUGACUUUGGAGUAUGCGCCGGCCUGGGCCACGGCGGCAUUUCUGGCAGAGCAGUUCGUUAUUCGGAACACUUUAAGGAUAAGACUGCACAACUGA